UUAUUUUUUAAGAAUAUUAAGAUUGUAUAUUUUGUGACAAUAAAUCGCUUUUUUUAACGCAUUUUAUGAUCAAUAGUUGAUAGUGAAAUCAUAAAAUUAGAUCAAUAAAAAAUGCGUACAGAAACUAAGCAAUAUUUAAAAAAUAUGGGAAUGCAGACAGCGGCUGGUGGAUCUGCUGGAUUUGUGGAAGUAUGCUUGAUGUAUCCAUUAGAUAUAGUUAAGACACGAUUGCAAAUACAAGCAAAGAAAACAGCUAGCACAGAUCCACAAAAAUAUUAUAAUGGUGUUAUGGAUUGUAUACGAAAAAUGUAUAAACAUGAAGGUUUUUUAUCAUAUUAUAAAGGCAUUUUACCGCCAAUAUUGGCUGAAACACCGAAACGUGCUACAAAAUUUUUAACAUUUGAACAAUAUAAACAAUUUUUUAUGUUUGGAUCGCCUACUCCAACAGCAUGGACAUAUUCGCUAGCGGGAAUGGGAGCUGGUGUCACUGAAGCUAUUUUAGUAAAUCCAUUUGAAGUAAUAAAAGUUUCAUUACAAUCGAAUAAUUCGAGUAAUAUCAAAGAAGUACCAAGUACCUGGCAAGUUACACGAAGUAUUAUCAAAUCUCAGGGUAUCGGAUUUAGAGGAUUGAAUAAAGGUGUCGAUGCUACAAUCUGGCGAAAUGCUGUAUUUAACGCUAUCUAUUUUGGAUUUUAUAAUUCAGUAAAAGAAAAUUUUCCUCAGCGGGAGAGUCCAUUAGAAGAAUUUUCCAGAAAAUUGGCGAUAGGAUUUGCUUCUGGAGUAAUGGGAUCAGUAGCAAAUAUACCAUUUGAUGUUGCGAAAUCAAGGAUUCAGGGACCACAACCAAUUUUAGGGCAAAUUAAAUAUCGAUCAACUUUCCCAACAAUAAUAUUAGUGUACCGUGAAGAAGGAUUUAAGGCGCUUUAUAAAGGACUAGUCCCAAAAGUUUUACGAUUGGGUCCUGGAUGUGCAAUCAUGAUGGUUGUGUAUGAAUAUUUAUACGAUUUUUUGAAAGAAAAAUUUCCAUGAUAACGAAAUAUAUAAAACAGUACCUAAAAUAAUUGGAAUUUUGAGAGUAAUUUUAUGCAAAAAAAUGUUAUGAGCAAUUUGUUUUUUAUGUACAAUUAGAUUACGACUUUAUUGCUUAGUUGCCUCAUUCUAAAAAAUUGCCGAAACGUCGACCGAACUUCGAAGAAAAUUCCAAUUAACCAACAUAGUGAAGCUUUAAAUUGAAAACUUUGGAUAAAAGUUUAUCCAAAAACAAUCAUAGAAGAUGAUUUUUAUUCAACUUUAAUCUGCUCUACUAGCUAUUAAUGACUGAUUCUGUUUCUUGAUUCUAAUAAAAAUUUUUAUUAAAUUUACAAUUGUUGGAUAAAAAGAUCUUUUAAUAACAGUUACGUAAUUUUUAUAAUAAAGUUAAAUUUUUUUUAA